AAUUUUCGACCGUGUGAUUGGCGUUCCAAGCUUCAGCGUCAGGCUCCAGUGCUGAUGCUGAUGCAUGGCAAGCAGCUUCAUAUCUUCUGUUAGUCCGUUCACCGCAGCCUGUAUGCCUUCAGACAGUCCAUAACCGGAGCCUCCACGACUCAGCAUCCCAGAUUAUGGAUGAAGACGCCACGCUCACCCACCGCAUGGUGAGCGUGGGCUAUGAUGGCAGAGACGAGAAAGCACACGUGACCACCGCCUGCAAGGGUCGCGAUGCGUAGUGCGGAUUUCCGAGGACUACUUCUGCAAAUCGCCGAUCACGAUGGAGACGUACACGGAGGUAACGCGGACGAUGUUUGAUGCAGACGAGGACCGCGCCACGUGUGACCACGCGACGGACCAGCUGUACCGGUGGGCGCUGCGGCCCUUCGAGGGCUGGAUGCAGCGGCUGGAGCAGCCCACCUACGGGGGCCCGUUCCCGACGCUGGCGCACUACCUGGACCCGCCGGAGCACCGGUGGAAGCUGUACGUGGUCGAGGAGGUACCCGAGCCGUUCCUGGACUACGACGUGCCGCCACGGCGGGAUCAGCAGCUGGGCGUGUGGCUGCCGCACUACGAGCUGCACCCGGACUGGUUGCUGUUCAAGGCGGAAGAAGUUCUGGCUUCUCCGGCGGACGAUGACGAGGAAGAGCUUGAAAAGCCUCCCACGAUGGUCUGGCCGCAACACCGUGGCUGGCGAUAUGCCCAUGUGCUACUUCAAACCCUUACAGCUAUGGCGGUGACAGCACGCUGUGCGCGAGAUGGAAACGCAUAAGGCUUUACAUGAGGUCGAGGACUUCGACGAUCUGCGCGUGCCGCGGGUUUGUGGCGUGGUGACCGGGGACAG